AUGCCGAGCCCAAUGGUGCAGCAGACCAUCACGGCGGCCGCGCUGUCCGCCGCCAGCAACAUACUCGCACAGCUCAUCACGGCGCAGAAGACGGGCAGAGGAAGCAAAGGGAGCGACGGAGGGCGAGAGGGACAGAAAAAGCUGACAGGAGCGUUCCCUCCAUCCCUCCUUCCAUCGGGGGGAGAGGAUGCCGGGGGAAAAACCACAAACAAACAGCAAACCUUCACCAUCGACGCCGAACCCGUCGCCAAGUUCGUGCUCUUCACCGCGCUCAGCACGCCGCCGAACGUGCUGUGGCAGGAGUUUCUCGAGGACGUGUUUCCGGGCGAGAAGAAGAAGCGGCUGCCGCCCACCAACAGCAAUGACAACAACAGCGAGAAGAAGGACGCGCAGGUCAAGGAUGAGCGGAAAAACGCGGGGAUGGACUGGGCGAACGUGUUUUGGAAAUUCCUGCUGGACCAGACGGUCGGCGGUGUCGUGAACACGGUGCUGUUUAUUGCGGGGAUGAAGGCGUUGAAUGGUGGGGAUGCCGAGGCGGUCAAAGUGGCUGUGAAGGAGGGUCUCUGGCCUAUCUUCCUUGCGGGCACGAAGCUGUGGCCGCUGGUGUCCAUCAUCAGUUUCACCCUGAUUCCGGUGGAGAAGAGGGUAGUGUUUGGCAGCAUUAUUGGUGUUGCUUGGGGUGUGUAUCUGAGCUUGAUUGCUGCACAGUAG